UAUAACUAUUUCAGAUGUGGAAUAAUCAGUGCGCAUGUAACUUUUGUUUAUCAAAAGCCAAAUGUCCGCUACAGCAACAGUCUUGGCUGGAACAGACUGUUGCUGCAGCUGUUCAAAAACAGAUGGCAGCGAUAAUGACUGCGGCACAGCCGCAGCCACGACAAAUGACCAACGUCCCGAAAUGUUAUGUGUGCCAUAAAAUGGGCCAUAAAGCCAACAAAUGCUGGUGGUGCCCGGAUGCUGCCCCCCGGCGGGUAAGGUCUAGACGUCAGCAGCAACCCGAACCGCGUCACGAGAGAUCUCCCCGGAGGACCGAGUCUAGCCGGAGGACCGAGUCUAGCCGGAGGGACCAAAGAUCUACUCGAAAGGAUGAACAUGAAUCUACAGAACGGCCGGUGGAAACACCGUCGGUAGAAAAAGUUGUUAAAAAAACACGAGAAGAAAUAUCAGAUAUCGAAGAAGUUGUUAUGUCCCUGUUAGAUAUGCCCGUAGAAUAUUCUCUUGGACAUUGUGUAGCGAAAGAUAUGCAUAUGAGCGCGGGCAUCGCCAUAGAGUUUAAGAGGAUCUACGGGUGUGUUGGACAGCUGAUGGACCAAAGACCAAAUGUUGGCACAGUUGCGUAUUUGCAACACAAAAAUCGAUUUAUUUAUUAUUUAAUUACAAAGGAAUAUAGCAACAAUAAACCAACAUAUAAUAGUUUAACUGCUGCCAUUAAAAAACUACGUGAUUUAAUUAUAAAACACAAUGUUAAAAAAUUAGCUAUCCCACGCAUUGGUUGUGGUCUUGACAAAUUAGACUGGCCAAUAGUAAGAGGCAUCAUUCAAAAUGUUUUUCAAUACGUAGGAUGUACUAUCAAAAUUUGUCAUUUUACACAUUAUACGUCAAAAGAGUCAGAAUUACUUAGAGUUCGACACCCAAGAAUUGUAAAAGUCCGUACAGAUAUCAAUGAUAUUCAAAAACGAGAAUUUGAAAAAUUGAACAUAAUAUUGUACUCUCGGAAAACUUCGUUACCAGUGUAUUGGGAUCAACAUUUUCAAUCAGUUGAUGAAAAAUACUGCUUUAAGUCUCAAUACUAUAAGGACUAUCAGAUGGAUCUUGAAGUUGGCCAGUGUUUGUUUUAUAGCACAUUAGAAGCUGCUAUAUUUAUUAUAAUCACUAACAACGAUAUAACUGAUCAUUUUUCAUACGAAAACCUAGAAAAUGGGCUUAAAAGGGUUAAGAUGUUCAUUAAGAAUGAGAGGCAGUUGCACCCAACAUUCAUACUUCAUGAAUUCCAGAAUAAUCAUAAUUUUGAAAUUAUUGUAAAUAAAAAAAUUGUAUCUCUAAUGAGUACUUCUUUCUUAGAACUAACUCCAUGUGUAAUUUUUGUAAUACAAAACUAA